AAAAAGGAGAAAAAAGAAAAGAAGCCAACUGUCAGCAUAUUUACAAUGUUUCGCUAUUCAAAUUGGCUUGAUAGAUUAUAUAUGUUGCUGGGGACUGUGGCUGCUGUCAUCCACGGAGCUGCACUCCCCCUCAUGAUGCUGAUUUUUGGAAACAUGACCGAUAGCUUUGCAAAUGCAGGAAAUGUUGGAAAUGUAACUAUUGAAAACACAACUUUUGCAAACAUAACUAAUCAAAGUGCAAUCAUCGACAUAAAUCCCUACAAACUGCUGGAGGAGGAGAUGACCACGUAUGCCUAUUAUUACAGUGGAAUCGGUGCUGGUGUGCUGGUUGCUGCAUACAUUCAAGUUUCAUUCUGGUGCCUGGCAGCUGGAAGACAAAUAUUUAAAAUUAGAAAACAAUUUUUUCAUGCUAUAAUGAGACAGGAGAUAGGCUGGUUUGAUAUGCAUGACGUUGGGGAGCUUAACACUCGGCUCACAGAUGAUGUCUCCAAAAUUAAUGAAGGAAUUGGUGACAAAAUUGGAAUAUUCUUUCAGUCAAUAGCAACGUUUUUCACUGGCUUUAUAGUAGGAUUUACACGUGGUUGGGAGCUAACCCUGGUGAUUUUGGCCAUCAGUCCUGUUCUUGGACUAUCAGCUGCCAUCUGGGCAAAGAUACUAUCUUCAUUUACUGAUAAAGAACUCUUUGCAUAUGCAAAAGCUGGAGCAGUAGCUGAGGAGGUCUUAGCAGCUAUUCGAACUGUGAUUGCUUUUGGAGGACAAAAGAAAGAACUUGAAAGGUACAACAAAAAUUUAGAAGAAGCUAAAAGAAUUGGGAUAAGGAAAGCUAUUACGGCCAACAUUUCUAUAGGGGCUGCUUUCCUGCUGAUCUAUGCAUCAUAUGCGCUGGCAUUCUGGUAUGGGACCACGUUGGUCCUCUCAGGACAGUAUUCUAUUGGAAAAGUACUCACUGUCUUCUUCUCUGUAUUAAUUGGGGCUUUUAGUAUUGGGCAGGCAUCUCCAAGCAUUGAGGCAUUUGCAAAUGCAAGAGGAGCAGCAUAUGAAAUCUUCAAGAUAAUUGAUAAUAAGCCAAGCAUUGACAGCUAUUCGAAGAAUGGGCACAAACCAGAUAAUAUUAAGGGAAAUUUGGAAUUCACAAAUGUUCACUUCAGUUACCCAUCUCGAAAAGAAGUUAAGAUCUUGAAGGGCCUCAACCUGCAGGUGCAGAGUGGGCAGACGGUGGCCCUGGUUGGGAACAGUGGCUGUGGGAAAAGCACAACCGUCCAGCUGAUGCAGCGGCUCUACGACCCCACAGAGGGCAUGGUCAGUAUUGAUGGACAGGACAUUAGAACCAUAAAUGUAAGGUAUCUGCGGGAAAUAACCGGCGUGGUGAGUCAGGAACCCGUGUUGUUUGCCACCACAAUAGCUGAAAACAUUCGCUAUGGCCGUGAAAAUGUCACCAUGGAGGAGAUUGAGAAAGCUGUCAAGGAAGCCAAUGCCUAUGACUUUAUCAUGAAACUGCCUAAUAAAUUUGACACCCUGGUUGGGGAGAGAGGCGCACAGCUGAGUGGCGGACAGAAGCAGCGAAUCGCCAUCGCCCGAGCCCUGGUUCGCAACCCCAAGAUCCUGCUGCUGGAUGAGGCCACAUCAGCCUUGGACACGGAAAGCGAAGCAGUGGUUCAGGUGGCCCUGGAUAAGGCCAGAAAAGGCCGGACCACCAUUGUGAUCGCCCACCGGUUGUCUACAGUUCGUAACGCCGAUGUCAUCGCUGGUUUUGAUAAUGGAGUCAUCGUGGAGAAAGGAAAUCACGAUGAACUCAUGAAAGAGAAGGGCAUUUACUUCAGACUUGUCACAAUGCAGACAACAGGAAAUGAAAUUGAAGUAGAAAAUGAAAUUAGUGAAUCAAAAAGUGAAAUGGAUGCCCUGGAAAUGUCUCCAAAAGAUUCAGGAUCCAGUCUAAUAAGAAGAAGAUCAACUCGCAAGAGUAUUCAUGCACCACAAAGCCAAGAUGGAAAGCUUAGUGGAAAGGAGGCCUUGGAUGAAAAUGUACCUCCAGUUAGCUUUUGGAGGAUUCUGAAGCUGAAUAUCACCGAAUGGCCUUAUUUUGUGGUGGGUAUAUUUUGUGCCAUCAUAAACGGAGGCCUGCAACCAGCAUUUUCUGUAAUAUUUUCAAAGAUCAUAGGGAUUUUUACCAGAGAUGAUGAUCCUGAAAUACAACGACAGAACAGCAACUUGUUCUCACUCUUGUUUCUAGUCCUUGGAAUUAUUUCUUUUAUUACAUUUUUCCUUCAGGGCUACACAUUUGGCAAAGCCGGAGAGAUCCUCACCAAGCGGCUUCGGUACAUGGUUUUUAGAUCCAUGCUGAGACAGGAUGUGAGCUGGUUUGACGACCCUAAAAAUACCACUGGAGCAUUGACGACCAGGCUUGCCAAUGAUGCUGCUCAAGUUAAAGGGGCAACAGGUUCCAGACUUGCUAUAAUUACCCAGAAUGUAGCAAACCUUGGGACAGGCAUUAUUAUAUCCUUAAUCUAUGGCUGGCAGUUAACUCUGCUACUCUUAGCAAUUGUACCCAUCAUUGCAAUAGCAGGAGUUGUUGAAAUGAAAAUGCUGUCUGGACAUGCAUUAAAAGAUAAGAAAGAGCUUGAAGGUUCUGGGAAGAUUGCUACCGAGGCCAUUGAAAACUUCCGAACUGUUGUUUCUUUGACUCGGGAGAUGAAAUUUGAAUAUAUGUAUGCACAGAGUUUGCAGGGACCAUACAGAAACUCUCUGAGGAAAGCACACAUCUUUGGAAUCACAUUUUCCCUCACCCAGGCAAUAAUGUAUUUUUCCUAUGCUGCCUGUUUCCGGUUUGGUGCCUACUUGGUGGCAAAUCAGUUGAUGGAGUUUGAGGAUGUUCUGUUGGUGUUUUCAGCUAUUGUCUUUGGUGCCAUGGCCGUGGGGCAGGUCAGUUCAUUUGCUCCUGAUUAUGCCAAAGCCAAAGUGUCAGCAGCCCACAUCAUCAUGAUCAUUGAAAAGACCCCUCUGAUCGACAUUGAGAGCACAGAAGGGCUAAAGCUUAAUACGUUGGAAGGAAAUGUGACAUUUAAUGAAGUCGUGUUCAACUACCCGACCCGGCCGGACGUGCCCGUGCUGCAGGGGCUGAGCCUGGAGGUGAAGAAGGGCCAGACGCUGGCCCUGGUGGGCAGCAGCGGCUGUGGGAAGAGCACGGUGGUCCAGCUCCUGGAGCGGUUCUACGACCCCUUGGCCGGAAGAGUGCUCAUUGACAGCAAAGAAAUAAAGCAGCUGAAUGUCCAGUGGCUCCGAGCACAGCUGGGCAUUGUGUCCCAGGAGCCCAUCCUGUUUGACUGCAGCAUCGGUGAGAACAUUGCCUACGGAGACAACAGCCGGGUCGUGUCACAGGAAGAGAUUGUGCGGGCCGCCCAGGAGGCCAACAUACACAACUUCAUUGAGACGUUGCCUGACAAAUACAACACCAGAGUAGGAGACAAAGGAACUCAGCUCUCUGGUGGCCAGAAACAGCGCAUCGCCAUAGCACGUGCCCUCGUUAGACAGCCUCGUAUUUUGCUUCUGGAUGAAGCUACAUCAGCUCUGGAUACAGAAAGUGAAAAGGUCGUCCAAGAAGCCCUGGACAAAGCCAGGGAAGGCCGCACCUGCAUUGUGAUUGCUCACCGCCUGUCCACCAUCCAGAACGCAGACUUGAUAGUGGUGGUUCAGAACGGCAAGGUCAGGGAGCACGGCACCCAUCAACAGCUGCUUGCACAGAAAGGCGUCUACUUUUCCAUGGAUCAGUUUCAAGGAAAUGUGACAUUUAAUGAAGUCGUGUUCAACUACCCAACCCGGCCGGACGUGCCCGUGCUGCAGGGGCUGAGCCUGGAGGUGAAGAAGGGCCAGACGCUGGCCCUGGUGGGCAGCAGCGGCUGUGGGAAGAGCACGGUGGUCCAGCUCCUGGAGCGGUUCUACGACCCAAUGACUGGAAGAGUGCUCUUAGAUGGUCAAGAAGCAAAGAAACUCAACCUCCAAUGGCUCAGAGCCCAACUCGGAAUUGUGUCCCAGGAGCCCACACUCUUUGACUAUAGCAUAGCUGAGAAUAUUGCUUAUGGAGACAACAGCCGGGUUGUAUCACAGGAGGAAAUUGUGAGUGCAGCCAAAGCAGCCAACAUACAUCCUUUCAUCGAGACCUUACCCCACAAAUAUGACACGAGAGUGGGAGACAAGGGGACUCAGCUGUCGGGAGGUCAGAAACAGAGGAUUGCUAUCGCCCGUGCCCUUAUCAGACAACCUCGAAUCCUCCUGUUGGAUGAAGCUACAUCAGCUCUGGAUACUGAAAGUGAAAAAGUCGUCCAAGAAGCCCUGGACAAAGCCAGGGAAGGCCGCACCUGCAUUGUGAUUGCUCACCGCCUGUCCACCAUCCAGAACGCAGACUUGAUAGUGGUGGUUCAGAACGGCAAGGUCAGGGAGCACGGCACCCAUCAACAGCUGCUUGCACAGAAAGGCGUCUACUUUUCCAUGGUCAGCGUCCAGGCUGGGGCACACAACUUAUGAACUCUUGUUAUAGUAUAUCUUAAAAAUAAACUCAAAUCAUUCUACAACUUUUGCUGACAUGUAAAAGAAGUUUCUGAGUCAUCGUAAAAUAUAGGUACAUCUGACUGGCCAGUGUGGCUCAGUGGUUGAGCACCGACCAUGCACCAAGAGGUCACCAGUUCGAUUCCUGGUCAGGGCUCAUGCCCAGGUUGUGG